CCCCUCCACCGUUUGCUGUAUAAAAAUUUCGGUAAAGGUUUAAGUGAGUGAAUGAAUAUAUAUUUAUAGCAAGUGGUAGGGUUUUCCUUGGGAAAGGCUUACUGGAGUUUUAUUGCGAGCUAUUCAGUGCCAAACAGACUCCCAAAAUUCCGAUUUGAAUCAGGAUUCUGAAGUAUACCAUAAUAAUGUACCAGCUCAUUACGCAGAUUCUAGGCCAUCAAAAAAAGUUUCAGGAUUCCAGAGAUAUCAAUUUCCCAGAUAUGAUAACAAUAAAAAGAGAAAACAAAGCGAAGAUGAUAAUACAUACAGUAUGAUGAAAACUGAAAAACACUUUGACGUAACUGACGAUGAAUCUGACAAAGAAAAAGACAAUUAUGAAUAUUAUCAUGAAAAUGAUAGAAACGGCAAUACCCAUGAUGAUGAAUACCCAGAAGAUAACGAAGCUAGUGAAAAAGAAACUGAAGCAUCGACUGAAUUUGAUGAGAACGAACCAAGCUUCUACUCUAACGAACCACAAAAAGAAAUUUCGUACUUCCCUGAUAAAAAUAAAAGUAUAGGGAAAAGUUUAGUUGCAAAGCAAUCAUCCCCAGGCGUACAUUCAAUUCGAAAGUUAUUAUCACCUGAAAGGAUACCUGAUACUGAAUACUCAGAUGAUUUUGAAACUGUUGAAAAAGAACAUGAAGCAUCGAAUGAAUUUGAGGAAAUUGAACCAACUUUUAAUCCUGAAGAGCGGCAAAAGGAAAAACAAUACUUGUAUGAUAAAAAUAGAAGGCCAGGAAAGAAUUUUGUUGCAAAGAAAUCCCAGAUUGGCUUUCGUUCAUUUCAGCAGGAAACACCUCCAGAAAUCACACCUGAUGAUGAAUACUCAGAAGAUUUCGAAACUAAUGAAAAAGAACAUGAAUCAUCUGGUGAAAUUGAUGAGAACCAAGCAAUUUUCUAUUCUAAGCCUAAAACUGAAAACUCAUACUUAUCGGAAAGUUCUGGAAGAAAUUUAGCUGCAAAGAAAUCGUCGAUAGUUUUACAUCCAAUUCGAAAAGCACUAUCUCCGGAUAUGAGAUCUGAAAUAGAAAAUAAUAAAAAUUUUAUUGUAAAAAACUUCAGUGAUUUAAUUGAAAAUGAGGAUGAUUUGCGAACGAAGUUUGGUGAAACUAGAAUCGAUGCUAACACAAAAUCUCCUAAAUAUUUUUAUAAUGAAUUAAGUCCCUCGACUGAUGAAACUCCUGUUGAGUCUGAUUUGUCAAGUGCAGAUGAUAACGGUAUCAGAUAUAUGACAACUAAAUCGAAUGAAACUAUUAUUAUUGAAAAUACUUCGUCCCCGAAACGUCAUAUGCGGGAAGGAGAUGGAAUAAAGAUUAAAAACGAAUCGUCCACAUGGGAAGUAGAUUCAGGACUGCAAACAGCUGCUCUUAAAGGAUCUGAAGGUACACAAAAAGUAACCAUUCUGAAACAUAUUACUCUAAAGGAAACUUCUCGAAAAGAAGAACAAAAUACUCUUAAUUCCCCACAAGAAUCAAGACAAGAGACACUAAAACCUCAAAGUAGGACAUCAGUUGAAAACACAGGACUGCAACCUCGCACAGCCGUCGAAGGAGAGACCAUAGUUUUACUAGAAGGUUCUCAUAUCCCUGGGAAAAACUAUGGACCGGAAGAUGACACAUUUGGUUACUAUGCAUCUGUUUAUCCAUACGAUAGUUCCAAUAAACAAAUAGGAGAUUUUAAAAAUCAAAAGGGGUUGCAAAAAGUUAUUGACAUUGACAGUCACGUGAAACAAGCUCACCACGUUCAUACAGAUUCCGGAAAGUUAAAUAAUGGAGAUGUUAGUAGUUAUGGUACAAUAAGUGAUGGCCAUACAUCAACAAAUCUUCCUGCUGAGAUAAAAUAUGAUUUAAAUUCAAAUUCAAAUCAACAAGAAACUGAAAAGUCAAUAUUUGAAGGAUAUAAUAAUCAUGGAAAUGGAAUUUCUAAACAAUACUUUUUCACUCUGCCAAGCAGCGGCUUAAAAAGUUCGAAAUCUUAUGAACCAGUAACAAAUGUCCAUAAAGGUACGGAAGUAACUGCUUCAGAGUAUGACAGCGAUUCAGCAUCCGGCCAUGAUCAACAAGCUGAUAUUUUAGGAUCUAUAGAUGCAAAUGAACAUACUACUAAUUUUAAAGGAAACGUACACACUGGCAGUAAUGACUAUGACAGUCAAAAUGAAAAGCUUGUACCAAUAACCGAAGCAGAUCCAAAUCAGUUAUAUAUUGACCCCUCCACUGGUGAACUGAUUAAAGUAGUUUAUGAAGAAGAUAGUGCUAAAAUUCAUGAUUCAAGUAUUGGUUAUCAACCUAAAGAGUACCAAGAUAAUAAAAAAGCUGAUUUGUCUAAUUACCAAGUAAAGCUAUUGCAACCUGUAAACUAUAACGAACAAACGCAAGAUUAUUCUUCCAAUGGAAAGCAAACUGUAGCGAAUUAUGAGAAUGAUGCUGGUAUUUCAACCGGUGGUUAUACACCAACAGAUCUUCAUAAAAGUAAUGCACAAGAUAUAAGCUUGGAUUUAAAAUCAAGUAAAUAUGGCAAUAAUAAAGGCUCUCAAGUAAUUAUUCCAUCUUACAUCGAAAAAGAUAAGACUAACGCAAAUGACUAUUCUCAAACUCAAGGAGGCAACGGGCAAAAAUUUAUAAUCUUAUGUGACAAACUCCAUGAGCAGAUCAAAAGUCAAGGUUUGAAAGGUUAUCCACAAAUACAGAAUCAUCAGAUUCAGCUGGACUACAACCCUAGUCUGAACACAAAUCAUCCUGAACAUUCAGGUUCAGAAGAAGGUACAAAAUCUCAUCACGAUUUUAAAGGAUCAAACUUUGAUUUGUUGAGAAAACCUAAGGGUAACGAAGGAGAGAAUGCUUAUUUAGGUAACAUCCACAAUGGUGUAAUUGGGGGUGAGGUUACUUUGGGAAAUAACUACAAAGGUGAUAAUAUUGUACCCCAUUUUGAGAAAGGCAGCAACAAUGACUAUUCAGGAUCCAUAACUAACUCAAAAGGAUCCAGCGGGUAUGGAGAGGAAAUAGGGGGUCAUUUGAUUUCAAAAGGCGAAAAACCAAAUUUCAGUGUACAUAAUUUGAAAUCUCCAAACACAUCUCCUCCUUCAGGAUCUCUUUCGAAAGGGGUAAAUAUAAACCAUUUUCAUGGUGAUAACCAAAACUUUCAGCAUGUAGUGUUCGUUAAACCACAAAGUAACUUUAAAGGAACAAAAUAUAGACCACCCCAAAAAGCAACUAACAAAGGUAUACGUAAUCAUGAAAACUACAAAGCUUCUCUUCAAAACAUGUUUGGAUUUAAUAGUGGGGAAUAUUCUCCUAUGACACAACCCCAAUACGGAAAACAUAAGCACAGUAAUUUUAAUUCAGCUAAUGAUAUGAAAGGUUCUAUCUCGCAUAAAGAAUUUAAUUUAAUGAAUAACGAUAAAGGAUCAAAUUUAUACGGUCAAAAUAAUGGUAUAAAAGAAUCAAAUUCAUACGGUCAAAAUAAUGAUAUUAAAGUCUCAAAUUUAUACGGCCAAAAUAAUAACAUUAAAGGAUCAAGUUUAUACGGUCAAAAUAAGAUUAAAGUAUCAGAAUUACAUAGUUUAAAUCAUGAUAAAGGAUCAAGUUUAUAUGGUCAAAACAAUAUUAAAGGAUCAAAUUUACAUGGCUUAAAUCAUGAUAAAGGAUCAAAUUUAUAUGGCCAAAAUAACAUCGGAGGAUCUAUAAUACAUGAUCAGAAUUAUAAUGGUGGCGUUUAUGGUUCCCAGUUCCAAAAUUAUCAUAAAGAAGGAGGACAAGAGAAUCCGUAUGGAGAUUCUGGAAAACAAAAUAUUAAAGGCAUAGGACAUUUUAAAGGUAUUGGUAUUGGAGGUAACAUAAAGAAUCAAAAUACAGAUGGAUCAUAUGCUUCGACUCCAAAUAAACACAAUAGUUUUAAAGGUGCACUACUUGAUUCAAAUAACGAGACUCCUUACCAAAGUUCUAAGGGCCAGUAUGACAAUGGUGGUUAUGCUACAAUUAAAUCAGGUGGAAUGGUAGGAGGUCAACAUAAUAGUGGAAUUAUAGGAGGACAUUAUAAAGAUGCACAGCAAUAUACCGAUAAAAAUUCUUACAACAUAAAAAAUUCUCUAAUCGAUGCUAGUGCGUUUGGUGUACAACAUGGAACUCAUCAACCCGAAGAGUACUUUUUGGUAGAAGUUGAUGAUAACAAUCACAACGGAGAUUUGCAACCGCACGGAGGCUAUUAUUAUAUUCCAUUCGGAAAUCACCACAAUGAACAAAAUAGUUAUUUAAAUCAAAAUAAUGGUCACUUAGUUCAUGCCAGAAGCACUAACGGUGAUAAUAAACAAUCGAACAUAAAGUUUGUUUAUGAUGGUGGCAAAGACAGAACCUACCAACUUAAAAAUUUGGCUGUUACAGGAAUGCACAUGGCUCGAGCAGUGCUGCCAUUAUUGCAAGCACCAACAGAAAGAUCAAUAAAAGGCAAUAUAAAUUUUGGUGUGCAGAUAAAGCGUAAUCCUAGUUUACUUGUUCCUGAAUAUCGUAUUGACUCGAGAGUAGAUUCUGCCAGCAAUUCUACGAAGUCUUAAAUUAGGGAAUACGAGCUUAAAUUGUAGUUAAAUAGCUGAGCUUGUUGAGAAAUAAGUUUUUAUGAAAUAUAGAUAUAAACCUGCAAGUGUCUUGCGGAAACUUAGAGACAUUUUGUUAAGUCGUACAGCAAGACAAACACAAUAAAUAAAUCUUAUUGUUAAAAACAAUGACAAGUCACAAUACAGUUGCUGAGUUUAAAAUUUUUAAGUUUAAUUUUAAAAACUGCAAUAAUAUAACAACCAACGCUUUGCCAAGAGAAUGUAAAUAAUUUUACAGAUUUAUAUAAACCUGUUAAAACACAAUAUUUUUAACUUUCUUGUGACUUUUCGUUGUUUUUAUUUGUGUCCUGUUGUAUGUGUGUCUUUAUAAGGGUAAACAAGGUUUUGGGUCAUACGGUCUAAAAGUUUUUACAAUAGAUGUAAAAUAUUGAACAAGUAAAACAGUAUAAUUUUUUAAAUUGUAUCUCGUUUUAGAAAAUAAAUUAAUUUAUUGUGUAGAACUCUUUUAGAUGUUUUCCUAGAUACUUUGAAAUUCAAUUUAAAGAAAUAUAAUUUUACUUACGUCAACUCCUUUACUUUUUCUGUUAGGGAAUAGUGAUUAUGAUAGGGAUAAUCCACUUCAAUAUGGAAAUAGUCAAAUUUUCAUAUUCUUGUAGUAUAAGAACGAAAAUACUAAAUAACUUAUAAUCCAAUGAUCGAAUGUUCUAAGAUAUAAUUUUAAUAUUUUGAAUAUGCAAAUCUCAAAUAUACUUAUUUACUGUUUCAGAAAAUAUUUGUAAAAUUAGAAAUAAAAGCAUUCUUUCUAUGAAUGUUAGUUAUAAGUAACAAAAUCAAAAAUUCGUUAGAAAUUGUUUAAAUAUUUGUUUGAAUUUCACGAUUAA